CUGAAAUACAAACUAAUGUUCUAGAGUGCCUUCUGUUGUCGAAUGACUUCUUACUCCCACACCGCCAGCAUUUGUUGAAUUUGAUCAAACCUAAAGAAUUGAGAGAAGAACUCACAACCUGGAACUUGUCUGAAGACAUCGUAGAACCUCACAGAUCACAAAUUUUUUCUAUUGUAAUUCGCAUCCUUAUGCCAAAAGUUAGAACAUUGAAAAGUUCGGCUUCACGGAAGCAUACAAGUAUCCGUCACCGGCAGGCAGUUCUUUGCUUUAUAUCUCAGCUGGAUGUUAAUGAACUUGCCCUGUUCUUUGCCUUGUUGAUAAAGCCUUUGAACAUCAUAUCAGAGGAAACAAUGGACUCGUUUUGGAGUUCUGGCGAAAGUUCUAUGGACUAUUUCCAUAACUCGAAUUUCCUGAAGUAUUUCACUGUUGAUACUAUUUCGACAUUAUCCAGGAAUCAGAAAUCUGGGUUUCUUCAUGUCAUCCAACAUAUCCUUGAAGUAUUUGAUGAAUCCCGUGUCCGACCUUUUCUAGACUUUUUGAUGGGAUGUGUUGUCCGGCUAUUUGGAAAUUAUGCUCCAAAUAUUGAUGAAGAAAGGAACAUUGAUUCAUUGGCAGCCAACCCAUCAACUUCAGAUGAUAAAGAAAAUGCUUCAAUAAAUCAUGACCAGGCUGGUACUGCUUUGAAGCAGUUUAAAGAGUUGAGAUCUUUAUGUCUGAAAAUCAUUGCUCAUGUUCUUGAUAAAUAUGAGGAUUGUGAUCUUGGCUCCGAGUUCUGGGACCUCUUCUUCUCGGCAGUGAGUCCUUUAAUUAAGAGUUUCAAACAGGAGGGUUCUAGUAGUGAGAAACCAAGUUCCUUGUUCUCAUGCUUCUUGUCAAUGAGUAGAAGCCGUAAUCUCUUCACCCUAUUAUCUCGGGAGGAGUCUCUUGUUCCAGACAUUUUUUCAGUUCUAACAGUCACCACAGCUUCAGAAGCUAUAAAGUCUUCUGCCUUAAAAUUCAUAGAGAAUCUGCUUUGCCUUGAAAAUGAAUUUGGUGAGGAUGCCAAUAUGAUCAGUGGAUUCUUAGAUCCUUAUAUAGACGCACUGAUUAACAGCUUGCAUUCUCUUUUCAUUGGGGAUAUAUUUAAAAGGAAAUCAGUCAAGUAUCAUGGGGAAAGAGAGAUGAAAAUUCUUAAAUUAUUGUCAAAGCGUGUGCGAGAUCCCUCUCAUGCUAUGAAGUAUUUGGACGUCUUGCUGUCUUUCUUGGAUAAAAGUGUAAAAGAUUCGGAUAUUCGUCGUGAGGCUUUGCUAGCUAUUCAGGACAUCAUACCGUUCCUUGGGAUUGAGAGUACCAGCAAAAUUAUAAAUAUAAUCUCUCCUCUACUUGUUGACGCUGACUGUGAAGUUAGAUUAUGCAUUUGUGAUCUACUUGAAUCUAUUGCAGAAAAAGACUCUUCUCUGGUUGAUGUGGCGAAGCGCAUUCGCGAUAUGAAUGCCAUCUCAGCCAUGGAAGUUGACGACCUGGACUAUGAAAAGAUAGUUAAUGCUUAUGUGGAGAUUAAUGCAGAUUUUUUUAAUAAAUCCUCAGAGCAGCACACAAAGAUCAUACUCUCACAGAGUAUAUACAACGUAUCAUCAGAAUCCAUUAUGUUAAGGGGUAGCGCACAGAAGCUCUUGUCUUCUUUCAUUGAUUUUUCAGCCUCAAUACUUCGCGAAGAGGCUUCAUCACACUCUGAACUUGGUAAAGAGGUCAAAAUAGCUGAUGUAAGCUGGACAGGAGAUCGAAUACUGUUCAUUUUAAGAAGUUUCAUUUUGAAACACAUGGGAGAUGCAAUAAACAGAGGAGGCAUCAUAAUAAAGGAGUGGUUUCUUUUGAUACGGGAGAUGGUGACCAAACUUCCAGAUGCCGGAAAUCUUUCUGCAUUCAGACCGUUAUGCUCUGAAGACGAGAAUGUAGACUUUUUUAAAUCUAUUGUUCACAUUCAGGUACACCGUAGAGGAAGGUUAUUCAAUUGCUGA